AACACCUCUUUCAAUUUCGUUCUUUAGCCCUCUUCCUGUAAAACCCUAAUCUUUCUCCUGCCAUGAAGAAGCAAGAAGACAAGAGACCCAAUGACCAAGAAAUCUCACUAAAGAGGAAGAACUGCAAUAGCACCAACAAUAACAAUAGCAACAGCCAGAGUAGAAGGAGGCAUGACGUUGAUCUUAAUCUUUCUUUAAGACCCAGAAGAACCUCUCCUGGCCCGCUAUUGCCUUCUUCUCCAUCGCCUCAUCCGUUACCCCCACAUCAAGAAAUCCCACAACUGCUUCCAAUCGAAAACCCUGCAGCGGCCCUAUCCGCUAAUCCAACACUUCUUUGCUCUCAUACCAUUUUCGCAGCAACUGCUACUCCUCACAUGGCGCACCCUCGUGAGCCUUCCUUUCACGCAGCCGCUGCUGCUGCUGCUGCGGCUGCUGCCGCUGCUGCUGCUGCUAUUGCCCCUUCUUUGCAGCGCCAUGAGGCUUCCACUGCUGGCCCCUCUCGCCCUCCUCGUGCUCGGCGUAACCCUACUCAGGCUCCACGCGAUGGCAAGAGCGAAAAUGUUCCUCCACCUUUCCCUUGGGCUACGAAUCAUCGCGCCACCGUGCAUAGCCUGGAUUUCUUGCUGUCGAGAAAGAUUGAUAUUAUUACUGGUGCUGUCCAAUGCAAGAGAUGUGAGAAGCAGUACGAGAUGGGGUUUAAUCUGAGAGAGAAGUUUGUUGAAGUAGGGACAUUUAUUGCUGAAAACAAGAGCUCCAUGCAUGAUAGGGCUCCUAGUGUUUGGAUGACACCUGUCUUGCCUACGUGCAAAUACUGCGAGCAAGAAAACAGUGUAAAGCCGCUCAUUUCUGAGAAGAAGAAAUCGAUUAAUUGGCUGUUUUUGCUUCUGGGUCAGAUGCUGGGUUGCUGUACUCUUGAGCAGCUGAAGUAUUUCUGCAAGCACACCAAGAAUCAUCGAACUGGGGCUAAGGAUCGCGUUCUUUAUCUUACCUAUCUUGGAUUGUGCAAACAGCUUGAUCCUAAUGGUCCUUUUGAUCGCUGAAACAAGAGAGGAUCGCAGGUGUGUUGUUGAUUUUUAAUGAGAUAUCGUAUGGUAUGUUGAUGUAAAAUUGCAGUUGCAGGCUUAGAGAGUGGUAUUCAAGGGGUAGUUCAGUGGAUUCAUAAGGAUUUCUUUUGAUCUUUAUAGCUUUUAAUGCUUGA